AUGGAAAACUCGCUGCUCCAUGGAGGCAUCCAGCAACCAAACACUCAGCUGGCUACGGGUACGUGCCUUGCCCCGCUGCCGCCGGUAGCCGCGCCACAGCCGGAGCAGCAUGCGUGCAGCGAUACGACGUCCCUCGUCCCGGGCGCGGCGAUGAUGGGUUGCCUGCCGGCUGCCGUGGACUGGGCGUCGCUGCUUCUCCCGCGCGCGCCGGGGUCGUUGCAUGUCGGGACGCCGCCGCCGCCGGUCGUCGCGAGCGAAGUCGAGAGCGGUGGUAAUAGCGCUGUGACGGUGGCCGGGUGCAGUGCUAGUGCGACGACGGCGGGAGAGGGAGAUACUAAUAAUAAGGCCGGAAAAGCAGGGAAGGGCGGCGGCGGGAGGGGGAAGAAGAAGGCGAGCCGGCCACGGUUCGCGUUCCAGACGCGGAGCGAGAACGACGUCCUCGACGACGGCUACCGGUGGAGGAAGUACGGGCAGAAGGCCGUCAAGAACAGCGCGUUUCCAAGGAGCUACUACCGGUGCACGCACCACACGUGCGACGUGAAGAAGCAGGUGCAGCGGCUGGCCAAGGACACGAGCAUCGUGGUGACCACGUACGAGGGCGUGCACAACCACCCGUGCGAGAAGCUCAUGGAGGCACUCAGCCCCAUCCUCAAGCAGCUCCAGCUCCUCUCGCAGCUCCAGUCUUGCACUAAUCAACUCCUCUGA